CGAGCCCGGAAGCUGACGGGGGCGGAGGCGGCGGAGGCGGAGGCGCCUCGGGCCCGCCGGGGUUGCGGCUCUGUCCUCGACUCUCGGCUCGUCCGGCUCACGGCCCGGCAGCAAUGCAUCCCCCGCCUCCGGGCCCGUUGGGCGACUGCCUGCGGGACUGGGAGGAGCUCCAGCAGGACUUCCACGGCAUCCAGGAGACCCACCGGCUGUACCGCCUGAAGCUGGAGGAGCUGACCAAGCUGCAGAACAACUGUACCAGCUCCAUCACUCGGCAGAAGAAGCAGCUCCAGGAGCUGGCCCUUGUCCUGAAGAAAUGUAAACCCUCCCUCCCGUCAGAGGCCGAGAGAGCUGCGCAGGAGCUGGAAAACCAGAUCAAGGAGCGACAAGGCCUUUUCUUUGAUAUGGAGGCCUACUUGCCCAAGCAGAAUGGGUUGUAUCUGAGCCUGGUUCUGGGCAACGUCAACGUGACCCUCCUGAGCAAGCAGGCUAAGUUUGCCUACAAAGACGAGUACGAGAAGUUCAAGCUCUACCUCACCAUCAUCCUCAUCCUCAUCUCCUUCACCUGCCGCUUCCUCCUCAACUCCAGGGUGACAGACGCUGCCUUCAACUUCCUGCUGGUCUGGUAUUACUGCACUCUGACCAUCCGCGAGAGCAUCCUCAUCAACAACGGCUCCCGGAUCAAAGGCUGGUGGGUUUUCCAUCAUUACGUGUCCACGUUCCUGUCAGGAGUCAUGCUGACCUGGCCCGACGGCCUCAUGUACCAGAAGUUUCGGAACCAGUUCCUGUCCUUCUCCAUGUACCAGAGCUUUGUGCAGUUCCUCCAGUAUUACUACCAGAGCGGCUGUCUGUACCGCCUGCGGGCCCUGGGCGAGAGGCACACCAUGGACCUCACUGUGGAGGGCUUCCAGUCCUGGAUGUGGCGGGGCCUCACCUUCCUGCUGCCCUUCCUCUUCUUUGGACACUUCUGGCAGCUUUUUAAUGCGCUGACGUUGUUCAACCUGGCCCGGGACCCCGAGUGCAAGGAGUGGCAGGUGCUCAUGUGUGGCUUCCCCUUCCUCCUCCUCUUCCUCGGCAAUUUCUUCACCACCCUGCGGGUUGUACACCAGAAGUUCCACCACCAGCAGCACGGGAGCAAGAAAGAAUGAGGCUGGGCCUUCCCUGCCUGCCGGCACAGCUCUCUACGGCACCCCUGGCCUGGAAGGGGCUUCUGAACGCCACAUGUUAAGGGGGUGGGGGCUCCUCUCGUCUGGGAGGGUCUGUCUGCUCUCCCCUGGGUUUUGUGGGCUCUGUGGGCCCUGAAGGUGGCACUGGAGAGGAAGACCCGGGCCUGUGUCCCCGCCUGCGGGAGCCGGGGGCCAGCGGCCUCAAUAAAGGGCGAGAGGCUCAGA